AUGCCGGUGCCUUCCACGACGGUCACAACUGCUCGUCCAGCAGACGCCGUCGCUCAGAAUGGCCUCUCGUCCAACGCCAGCGUCUCGGCUCGAGCACCUUCGCCUGCCCGUCUCCAACCAGACGCUGCGGCAGCUUCGCCUCGUCGCUCCGUCUCGGCAAGCUCUUCCCAUUCCAGCACCUCCAACAACUCUGCGCGUAGGCCUAGCGCCGCCAGAUCCGAGGCCUCGGCCAAGUUGAAGGCAACACUCUCGGCCGCUGCAUCGUCCGAUCGCUCCAACGCCGCAGCGAACGCUUCCAUCACCGACCAGCGUCUGCCCUCCAGUGCACCCGUGUCUAGCUCGGCUUCCUCUUCCUCAGCACCACCACCAUCAAGCGCUCACAACGCGGUUGCCCUCGACGACACGCUUGCCAACCAUCCCAUCCAUGCCUUCAGAGCCGACCCCGCCAAUCUGCCUGCGAUGCCGGCACAGGUCUACGCCACCCAGUCGGCCGCCCAGUCCGCCUCCCCUUCCCACGUCGACUCGCCUGCAAACGGCUACCUCCCCCCACAGAUGGCUGCCAACGCUGCCCCGCUCCUCACUUCGCCCAGUCGCUCAGCACCGCUGCCAGCUAUGUACACCGCCACCUCCACCUCGCACUCGACCCCCUCGGCUUCGCCAAACGGUCGCAUCCGUUCCCAGACCGCCGCCAACGCCGCCUCGCCACAUUCGUCCGGCUACACGGCCAACGGCUCCAACGUCGGCUACCACGGCUCCCGAAGCAUGCGCACCAGUCCGCAGAUGCGUGCCUUCCCACACCACGCCCACGCUGCCAUUCCCAACCUGCAAGGUAUGGGCUCCAGCAUCAUGGCUCCGCCCUCGGCUCCCAGCUCCGUCUACGGCGGCGGCGCCAACGCCAACGGCCACUCCACCAUGCCAGCCACAAGUCCGGGCUACAACCAGGCUCAGUCGGGCCCCCAGUGGGAGCGCCACACCACCGAGCUCACCAACUGCAUCGUCGCCUUCCUCUCCCCCAUCCUCCCCACCGAAGAGGAGUAUAGGAUCAAGGAAGCCACCCGCCGCCAGCUCGAGAGGCUCGCCAACCGCGUCAGCCCCGGCUCCAAGCUCCUCGCCUUCGGCAGCAUGGCAAACGGCUUUGCGCUCCGCAACUCCGACAUGGACCUCUGCUGCUUGAUCGGCAAAGGUCCCGAUGGUCAGCCCACCACCCAGCAUACCGCCUCCGAGCUCGUCGAGAUCCUCGGCCAGCUCAUCCGUGAAGAGACCGACUUCACCGUCAUGCCCUUGCCCAAGGCGCGCAUCCCCAUCAUCAAGAUCAACCGCUCCCCCACCACCGAUCUGCCGUACGAGAUCGCCUGCGACAUUGGCUUCGAGAACCGUCUGGCGCUCGAGAAUACGCGUCUGCUGCUCAGCUACGCCAUGGUGGACCCGACGCGCCUGCGCACGCUCGUCCUCUUCCUCAAGGUGUGGACAAAGCGCAGGAAGCUCAACUCGCCCUACAUGGGCACGCUCUCCUCGUACGGCUACACGCUCCUCGUGCUCUACUUUCUCACGCACGUCAAGAAGCCCGCGGUGCUGCCCAACCUGCAGCGCGUGCCGCCCACGCGCCCCAUGAAGCCCGACGAGAUGGAGCUCAACGGCAACAACAUCUACUUUUACGACGACGUCGCCACGCUGCGCAAGGAGUGGAGCUCCCACAACACCGACAACGUCGGCGAGCUCCUCGUCGACUUCUUCCGCUACUUUUCCAAGGAGUUCAGCUAUGCACGCGACGUCAUCAGCCUCAAGUCCGAGAACGGCCUCAUCCCCAAGGACGGCAAGACUUGGAACGCCGAGCUGUGCAUCGAGGAUCCCUUCCAGGCCGGCUACAAUGUCUCGCGCACCGUCACCAAGGACGGCCUCUACACGAUCCGCGGCGAGUUCAUGCGCGCCAGCCGCUUCCUCACCAACAUGCGCGGGCAGAAGAUCUCGGUGCUCAUCGCCGAGCUGUGCGAGGAGCGCGAGGACAGCCUCAGCCGCGCGCCCGAUGGGCCGGGGUCGAUGCAGCGCUACCCGUACAACGCGCACCUUGGCGUGGGCGGCGCGAAUGGCGCCGGCUUUUAUGGAUCGCAUGCGAACGGUGGGCGCCACUAUCGCGACACGUACGGCUCGCAUCGACGCUACGACGCACCCAACAUGAGUGGGUACGGCGGCAGCUUUGCGUUUGAGCAGAUGGCGCGCGGGCUGAGCCAGGGCGUCGCCUACCCGCCCACGGCCGCGAUGCUCGCGCCGCUCUCGCGCACGCACGGGCUGAGCCCCAAGCCGCAGCCUCCGCGGUUUGGCGCGGGCACCACGAAUGCGGAGGGAGCCGCGGCGUUUAGCUCGGCGCAGAGCGACUCGGGUGCGUAUGCGCCGCUUGAUUUUACGCGCGCGAGCAUCGGCCAUGCUUCGGCGCGCACGUCGCCGUCGUUCAAGCACGCCGUGCCCACGGGCUAUGCGUCGGCGAAUGGGAUUGGUGCGCAGGAGGCGUUCGCGUACGGCGCCGAGAUCAGCUUCGGUGCGCCAGCGCCUGCAUCGACGCGCGACGACCUCGGCAGCACGCCGCGCGGCAAGACGUCGCGCUCGUUCAGCGAGACGCUCAAUCGGUCCAAGUCGCUCCCGCGCGCCGCGGCGUUGGCGAACGGACAUCGCCCCCCGCCUGCUGGCCACGUGGGUGCGGGUUCGUCGACGGGUUUGGCGCCCGCGUCUGCUACUCCUACGUCGGUGUCGUUCGACCAUGCAGUGCUGCCGGCCGAGCUCGAGUCGCGCAUGGCCACGCUGUCGGUGCAGCAAGCGGGGCCGGGAGGGCGAAGGCUGUCGAACUCGAGCCGUGCCUCGUCGUCGGCGCAGUUCGACAGCAGCGUGAGCAUGCAGUGCUCGUCAGCCAGCUCGCCAUGGUCUGUGGGACAUGCUGCGUUCGACGCGCACCACCAACCGACGGACACGCAUGCGCUGGUGCAGGAGUACCUCCGCCGCGCCGCCCAGCUCGGCACCGACAUCACGCUCCCUCUUGACGCGGAGAAGGGUGACGAGGUAGAGGCAGAGGGCUCGGUGAUUAGCGAGGCCACGCUGGACGAGCUCGCACGGCUGUCGGAGCUCGAAGAUGAUGAGUUGCACUGGCGCGCGGAGGAGGAGGGUGCCCAGGCGAGGAGGAAGCACCAGCACAAGGUGGCUGCUGCGGCCGCGACUGCUGCCGCGACUAGUGGCAUCGCGCGCAAGGAUAGGGAGAAUUCCGCCGCCGGGAGGAGAGUGGUCGCGAGCGACGAGGAGCUUGCAACACCGAUCCUGACUGACCGUGGGUCCGCUUUCGGUGCCUGGGCAGACGUUGGAUUGCAGCAACUCAACGCGGCAGCUGAACCCAGUCGUGUCGGUGUUGAUCGAGAGGCCAGGAUCGUUGACAGCUCGCACACGCCUAGACCGACACACAAGAGGGUCGGUCCACUUCCUAUCCAAUGGUCAUCCCGCCCUACAUCCGCAGGUGGUGGAGCAAGCAAGAUGCCGCGCGAACGGUCACGCUCUCGCUCGCCUGGCUCCGAUCCGCGCUCCGGUCCGCAUGCGACGCUCCUGCGCUACGGCGUGGACGAGAUCGGAGAGGACGACUACUACGUGCGAUCGGCCGAGUUCAAGGCGUGGCUGGCGGACACGAAGCGCAAGUACCUCGACGAGAUCUCGAGCCGCGAAGCACGCCGAUAUUUCGAAAGGUUCAUACGCCGCUGGAACGACGGUCGUCUGCCGGACGACUACUACAAGGGCACCAUCCGUAGCGCCGCCGCCUCCGCGGGCUCGUCCAGCCAGACCCGACACCGAUGGGGAUUCACCAGCAAGCCGACGUACACGGCGGCGGAGCAGGAACAGCUCGCCAUGGUGAGGGACAGUGUAGACACCUUGACCAACAGCUCGACGCGCGGUGCUGUGGAGGCCAGGGACGCCGAACGCCGCGUCCGUCGCCGUACCCAGGAGGAGGCCGAACCGGCUCCAGUACGGGAUUCUGGAUGGGCCUCACGUUCGAACCCGGGCAAGACUAGCGCCGAUGCGCAGCUGGACCGCGAACAUGCGGCCGACAUGGAGCGUGUGGCACGCAGCCAAGCACGGCAGCGAGAACGACACGAGCGCCAGGAUGAGGACGACUCGCUCCACGGCCGGGCAAGUGGCCGCGAGAGGAUGCUGGAGAAGAAGCGCGAGCGCAGUGCAGCCCAUCGCGACUUUGCCGAACGUCGUGCGGCGGACGAUGGGAUCGAGAUGGACGACCGAGACCUCUACGACGAUCCCAAGCCGCAACAACGUGCGAGCCGAGAAAGCACCAACCGCGGCCCGAGUCGGCGCGACCAACAACAGCAGCAGCGCGCCCAAGAACGCAGGGCCGACAUGGACGAAAAGGUCUCGGCACUCCGCGCCAAGGACGCAAAGACCAUGGACAUGCUCAAAGCCCUAGCCGCCGAACGCUUCGGCAGCUAA